AUGUCAUUCAAUAUAGAUAUAGAUGAAGCUGAUGUGGCAGUUCUAAAUCAGAACUUGAACAAAUCAAAAGACUUAUUUGUAUCCAUUUCCAAAUCACUUCAUACCAUAUCCACCAAAUCCAUCAAUGCAUCCAAUAAUAUAAAACCAAUCUUACAAGAUGUUAAUAAAUUAACUAAUAAUAAAAACCAAGUGGAUCGUGGUUUAAGCAUAUUAACAGAAGUAAGUGAAAGUGCUAAGAUCAUUAAUAACUAUGAAAGUAUCCUAAGUCAAUCAAUUGAACAUAUUGGCUUGAAAAGUUAUGUUGACACAUUAUAUAAAUCAAAGUCUUUAUUAGCUAAAUUACAAGGCAAAUUUAAACGAUUUAGAGGUAUCAUUAAUAAUUUCACUAAUACUAUUGAUAAAGCUGAUUUAAAAUUACAAAAUUAUUAUCAAGGAUUAUUAAAUCAAGGAUCAGAUGUGUUAUUAAGUAGUCCUUCUAAAAUUCAAGAUAUAAAAAGUAUCAUGGCAUUAUAUCAUAAAGAACAAGAUUCAGUUCAACAUAUUUCAUAUAGUAAAAUUCGAAGUGCAAUAGUAGUGGAAAGUUUACGAUCGUUAAAGAAUGCGAGUGAACCACAAGAUAGACCGGAUAAUGUACCUUAUGAAAAGGGUAGUAAUGGUAUAGCCGUAUUUGUGGAUGGGUUUAUAAGUAUGAUUGAUAAUGAAACUAAAUUACUGUAUGAAUUGGAACUUCCAGGUGAUAAUUUAAUAAGUUUAACGGAAAAAUCGUUAGAUGAACUUUUGAUAGUGGGAGAUUUAGCCCUUGAGACUUAUGAAUAUAAAUUAAAUGCAUUCAUGAUCCAAUACCAUGUCAUGUUCCUUGAAUACUUCAAGUUAAUCGACUAUAAAAUAUUAUCAACCAAUGUACAAAGUGAAGCGGUUGUGGUGGAAUUAAUGUCAAGAGUAAGAAAAAUCUCCGAAUAUAAAACUUCAUUAUUAGCAUUGGUAUCACAAUGUAAAUUAGGUGAUUGGGUAACGAAAAGUCCCCCAUUUCAAUUCAUUAGUGUUUGUCAUUCGCUGAUUCCAAAUAUUACCAAUGAUAAUAGUCCUGAAUAUUUAUUAACAUCUUUAUUAUCCGAUAUGAUCAAUGCUAUCAUUAUCGAUAUUGAAAUUAGAAUGUCACAACCAUCCAAUAGUAGUUCGGCCAGUAUUCAUUCUAAAAAAUCAUCAUCUGAAGGUUUCUCAUUAUUGAAAUAUUUAGAUAUUAUUGAAACCAUUAUAGGACAUGCUCCUUCAUUACAUUCUGCAUUAGGAAGUUUAGGAUUAGAAAGAUUAGAAAAAUUAAAAAAGAGAUUUGUUAAAUUUGUCCUUGAAGAUUGGAAUACAGCUUCAUUCUUAUUAAUCAAUGAAAUGAAUACCAUCACCAAAAGUCAAGCUCAUAACAUGACUUCUAAUGCUGGUACUUCUUCUCCAAGAUCAAGUACUGCUACUUCAUCCAUUGCAUCUACAGCCAAUAUCGGUAAACAUUUAACUAGUAAAGAAAAAGAUAUGGUUAAGGAUAUGUUUAAACAUUUCAAUGAAGCCUUUGAAGAAGCAUUAAAGAAUUAUGAGAAAUUUAAUAUUACUGAUCCUCAAUUAAGAAAUUAUUUAGGUAAUGAAAUUAAAAAAUUAGUCAGUAAUACUUAUUUUAAAGUUUAUGAUAGUUUUAUUAAUACUGAUUUUGCUAAGAAUAAAACUAAGUAUAUCAAAUAUGAUAAAGUUCAAUUCUUAAAGAUUUUAAAUGAUAGAUUAUAG